AUACCUAAAAUGAUAAUAAUGUAUUAUACACCUUUAUCACAAGAGGUUUAUUCUUUUAAAAUUUCAAUGUGUUGGUCAGAACGUUCUCCAUGGAAGGAUGGAGAAAAGCUCAUAAUAUUCUGCCCAGGGGCGGAAUGAUGUGCUGUCUGUGUAAAAUAGUUGACAGCUGUAUAUUGACUAUGUUGUAUAUUUGAAUAUACUGGGAUAAUUGAUCAGUGGUGUAGUGCAAAAAUUAUUUGUUGCAGUUUCAGAAAAUUCUUAGCCUUAUGGGCCAUGAAGACUGGAUUCGAGGAGUUGAAUGGGCUCUAUGUGAUGGAAAUCUUUUAUUAGCAAGCUGUUCACAAGACUGCUUGAUACGCAUAUGGCGAAUAUUUAUAAUGACAGAAUCUACUUCCAAGCUUUGCGAUGGAGACAUAAUUAAAUUGAAGGAGGACAUAUUUCAUGUUCAGAGUGAUAAGGGAUUGGUGACAUAUGCGGUAACAUUGGAAACUGUGUUAGCUGGUCACGAGAACUGGGUGUAUGGAGUGCAUUGGCAGCCCCCUUUUCAGAAAGAUGGUAGACUUGAACAACCCUUGUCCUUGUUGUCUGCAUCCAUGGAUAAAACAAUGAUUCUUUGGGCUUCAGAUGAAGAUUCUGAUGUCUGGUUGGAACAGGUACGUGUUGGAGAAGUAGGUGGAAAUACCUUGGGAUUCUACGGCUGCCAAUUCAGUCCGGAUGGAUCAAUGAUAUUAGCUCAUGCGUUCCAUGGAGCUCUUCACUUAUGGUCUCAGAAUAAAUCUAAGGGAGAGUGGAAACCAGAAGUAAUUCUUUCGGGACAUUUUGGUUCUGUUCAAGAUUUGAUCUGGGAUCCUGAAGGAGAGUUUAUCUUAAGUGUUGGUUCAGAUCAGACAACGAGAUUGUUUGCUCCUUGGAGAAGGGCAAGACAUGAACAGGUAACCUGGCAUGAAAUAGCACGACCACAGAUACAUGGAUAUGACAUGCAGUGCUUAGCUAUAAUUGGUCGUUUUCAGUUUGUUUCUGGUGCUGAUGAGAAAGUGCUUCGAGUCUUCACUGCCACCAAAAACUUUGUGGAAAAUUUCAGUUCCAUUACCUGUACCCCACUUGAGAACUUGCUCUCAAAUAGUGUAAAUGAUGAGAUUCCUGAAGGUGCAAGUGUACCUGCUUUAGGAUUGUCAAAUAAGGCAGUAUUUCAAGGAGAUCUAGCUGCCAAUGCUAGUAAAAUGGACCAAAGUGCUCUGCCGCUCAAUGCUGCUGACCAGUAUCCUCAGACCUACUUCCAGCCAAUCAAUCUUACAGAGCCUCCUUCAGAAGAUCAUCUUUUACAGAACACACUCUGGGCUGAAGUUCAGAAGCUAUACGGACAUGGUUAUGAGAUAUUCUGUGUUGCCUGUAAUAAUGCCUCGACUGUGGUGGCUUCAGCCUGUAAGGCCUCCAGAGUGGAGCAUGCAGCAAUUAUUUUGUGGAGUACCUCCAAAUGGAAGCAGAUUCUUGUCUUGCCAUUCCACAGUCUGACCGUCACUCAGUUGGCAUUUUCACCAGAUGACAGAUUCUUGUUAGCAGUUUCACGAGACAGAACCUGGUCUCUCUGGAAGCACCAUGAAGUGGCUGAAGCUGAUUCAGAUCCUUUUUUCUCCCUGUUUGCACACACGGAUAAAAAUACAUCCAUACAUAGCCGAAUUAUUUGGACUUGUGACUGGACUUUCGACAGUAAAUACUUUGUCACUGGUAGCCGUGACAAGAAGCUCAUUGUGUGGGGUAAUGUGUCUUCAGCUGGAAGAACUGAAGGAAGCAGCCAGGGUGUUAUCAGGCCAUGUUCCUCAGUCCUGGAUGUAGGAGAUGCAGCCACAGCUGUCAGCUUCAGCCCUGUUACAAGUCUGGAUGAAAGCUACAUUCUUGCAGUGGGUUUGGAUUGUGGAAAUAUAUUAUUAUACAAGUGGAAACCACAUGAAAAUAGUCCAGCAAAUGCAGACUGGAUGAAAUGUUUGCAAUUGGGCAAAUCACAAUGCCAUACCCUAACUGUUAAGCGGCUGCGGUGGAGACGAUCUGUGGGAAGAGCAGGUUAUGAUGAUGAGAAUGACAGCAACUGGUUACAGCUAGCAAGUUGUAGCACUGAUCACAGUAUCAAUAUUUGCAAUGUUAACAGAUUAUCCCUUUAAUUUGAAAUACAAGAAUAUUUAUGUUACGAUUUGCUGCAUUUCUGAUGGGGAAAACGCCAUCAAAAAUUGUAACAGUUUUCCAAUUUCAGGAAAGUAAUGUUAACUAACCAAAAGAAAAUUGUACUAUGAUUGCAGAGAAACAUUAUUCUAGUAUACAAAAGGCAGCAAAUGUAGAACAAAAGCACAGCACAGAAUUCUGGAGCUGUCGUGCUCCUAGCUUACAGGACUUAUUUUAAGCCCAUUAGUCAACAGCUUUGUGGAAGAGAACAAUUGAAACAACAUGGUACAAUAUUUCUUUCUGCAGUGUUGUGUCUGUUGUCAAGAAACUUAGCAAUAACUGAAAAGUGUAAAGGAAUACAAUUUGUUUACAAUAAUGUAUUAAUGGAGGUUUACACUAUUUAUAAGAAAGUGAGUUGAGGUUUCUAAUAUGAAAGCCAUGGUGAGUUUUGAAAAAGAAUGACGUUCCACAAUUUUGGUGUUCAAAAUGGGAUUUAUAGCAAUUUCCAUUCAGUUUUUGCAAAUUUUAACAUCAUCUCAACACAAUCUGGAUUAUUUUCCUUCUUGUAUUAGCUCUGUAUAUAGACAAACAGUCCUUUUCCCAUUCUGUUAAAAGAAAUGGCUCUCGGCAUAAUGUAUUUAAUUGAACCCAACAUUACUCUAUCAAGCUAUUAAUCCUGUUUCCAGCCUCAGACUGUCUUUUUACAUUUCUGACAAUAAAUAAGAAAUCUUGUUUCUGUAACUGUUACUGAAGAACCUUUUACAUUCUGGACACUAUUUAUUAAAAACCAAUGAAACUAGUUACUCCAGAAAUGUUAACUGUUAUGGAGCUCUUCAAUCUGCAGUCUUCUAAAUUUCACUCCUUGUGACAUUUUCUUGCUAAAAUGCAAGUGAUCCAUUUGCUAUACAGCUCAAUGGACAGAUAUCACAUUGUUUCAGGUGCAGAAGAAAUCAACUGCUGCUUCAAGAUUUUGAAUGUUGUUCUAAUUCUUUUUUUAAAGCUUGGCUUUAAGUGUUUGUUGACUUUGCAAAUGCACGUAUCUUCAUUUGUCUUUUCUACAGUGUGUUAAUGGAUAUUCCCUGUGCUAGUCUGCCAUAAUAUUAUGUAAUAAUACUCCCUUGCACUGCCAGAUGAUGAAGCUAAGAAUAGUAGCCUGUCUGAGCAAGUCAGACCUUAGAGAGGGAAUAAAACGGGCUCCAGCUUUCCUUUAUGAUGUAGAUUUUAAUGUAAGAGCUUUUGAAGGGUGUUUGUUUCUUUUCUCUGACUUCCCAACAAUUCAUGCGCAGGCAAAUGGGAAGCACAGGACAGUGCAUCUUUUAUAAAGGUGUGAAAAAUGUCCAUUGAAAACUGUGUUACAAAUGUAAUUUGCAAAGACUUUUAUUAUUCAUCGAACAAAUAAUAAUUCCUCAAAUUGUUGCAGUACAGAAGUCAACAGCAUCAAUUAAAUGGUUUCUCAACACAAUUGGUGUCAUCAGAGCCGGCACAUUUCAAACACAUUUUUCUAACUGUUUAACAGUUUAUAGUGCAAAUAAUUAGACCUCCAUCAACAGGUACUCGUUGUGGAGUUGUAUUAUAUUGAUUGCUAUUUGUAGUCAUCUACCAGCUCAUUACACUGUAAUAGGAGCACUCUCUGAGCUACAAGUAACAAAGUAACUUCUUCUGUUCAGAUUUAAAAUAAAUUGCUGGGUUCAGUUCAAAAUUACAGUUCUUGUUUCUACCCGAAAGGUGCAGGCUUUUGUACGCACAACCUUUCAGCGCUUUCUGGCUUCUCUUUAGGAACUUCCAAACCAGGUGUCAUUUUGUUAAACUCAUUCUCUGACUUAUUUGUGUUAGUUCAGCUCUGUAAAAUAUAUGGUAGGUUUGACAUCUGAUUAUUUUCCUUCUUCCUCUGGAAUCCAGAGGAUCUAUUGAGAGUUUUAUCUUUGCAGCAUAGUUAGGGGUGAGAAAUUGGUCAUGAGGACAAUGCUGUGUUCUACAGUUUUUUUUUUACAGAGUGCUACAUCACAAAAUUAUAUUUCAUAACAACAAAAUUGAUUUUAUUGUGGUGUUAUAUUAUCAUUGAAGCAUAAUACAUCAUGAUACAACCAGACCCCAGGCUAGGUUCCCCAAUUUGUAGUGAUUCCAGGCAGGUUACACAAACUGUUAAGCUCUUAUGUGAGGAGGGAUGAACUGGCUUCCUUUUUUGUUCACUUAGUUGGUUACAACAAGGUUAAUUUAGAAAGGAUCUCUUCUCAAAUGGAUACUUCCAGAUUCAAAAUAACUUGUGUUGUAAUAUGAGCUAAUUUUAACAAAGAUGGAGCAAUUAAUAAAUGUGAGAAGGGUACAGAAUGUAAAACAGUACUCGCAGAAAUAAAGGGAGUCUGAAAAGAUAAAAGUUUUUUUUUUAAAUAAAGAAUAUAAAAUCAGCCUCUGAAAUGUUCUAAUAAAUGAAUAAUUGAAUGUUGUGACCAUUGUAGCAGAGGUUACUAAUAGCGUUGACAUUGGUAGACAAACAAUCGAUUCAUGAUGAACUGUUGGUACAUGAACAAUUCUGUAGUUCAGUUUUCUUUCAACUGGGGUUGAAUUGGACUUGUGACACUCUGAGUGAGAGAGUGCCUUACCUGCAGCACAGGGGUAGCUCAGGGAUAGUUCUUCGACUGUCACCAGCACAGCACAUUAAUGCUCAAAACCAGCCUAGCUUAUGAGUAUUUAGUCUCACUAAUCCAUUCCAGUAGAAGAUAAAACUGAAUUUUUCAUUCUUACCCUUAUGUAUUCUUCAAAGAGAAAAGCACAAAACGGGUCUGUAUUUUGGGAUAUAGCUUGCUGUUGGGCAGGGAGUCGUGGGUCUUUAUUACCUUUCACAAGAGAUCAUAGUCCAGUCUGUUUUGAAUUGCAUGCUAUUAACCCCUCACCCCCUUUGAAGGGCUACUAUUUGAAGUUCCCUUCACAUCUGUGUGAUGGUCUGUGCGUCUCUCUUUCUUCAGAUAGCUGCAUAGUUUUCAUUGCAGCCUUUUUUGACUGCGUCAACUGUUUUGUUUAAGGAAGAACAUACCUUGGAAUUAAAAGUUUAAAAUGUCAAUAGUACUUUGGCAUUCUGAACUGUGAUCAGCAAACAAACAAUACUUGGCUUUCAUUAGCCCUUUUUUCCUAUAGAGUUGCUCUAUAGAGGGCACAACAUGAGCUGCAGUUUUGCAGCAAAUAUAGCAAGCCAACAGAGGGUGCUCCAUGAUCACAUUUGGAGAUACUGAUGUGAUAUUUGACUCUGCUCAGAAUAAAAUACGUUCCUUUGCAAAAGAACUUGUAGGUGCUAUUACAAUGUUUAGUCCCACCAUUCAGUAACCAUCAUGUAUCAUGUUUGUUGUACCUACCAUAAUGGCUGCUAAUAGAUUAAACACAUUAAGAUUGUUCCAACAAAUUGCAUGAGAUAUGUUUUACAACCAUAAAAGUGAUUUCAAUAAUUUGGGAUGAAAUUAUUGUAAUGUGCUCAGGUUUAACAGUCGGAGUUUAUGACCUCCUCUUAGAGUAUAGUUUAUUACCUAGUAAUCGCUCCAGUGUUUCAAUCUCCAGUGUCUUUGCAAGUCUCAAAUAGUGGUUUUGAGGAAAUCACAUGGAUGAUCCUUGCCUGUGUGAUCUCCAGGAAACCUCUCGUUGGCAGAAGAAUGUCAAGACAUUGAGGCGCUUCUAAGUGGAAUAGGUGAGCAUAGUUUGAAAAGCACGCCUUCGAAAGAAAUUGCUUAAAGCUAUUUUAUUUCCAAUUUUUCAGACUGACAUUAAAUCAUUUUUGUACACUUUUGAUAUAAGUGGCAUCAUUUGCUAAAAUAUAUUUGCCAUUCAAAAGAUGCAACUUUCACUGUUCAAAGAUCUUUGUUAUUUAUAAAAUUUCAGACUUCCUUGGGGUAAAAAAAAUGCCAUAUAAAUUUUGUAACCUUUUCUUAAUGUAUCAGUUCUGGUACAAACUGGUCUUAUUUUGAAUUGUUUCAGAGUCUAACAAAGACUUUAACAAACUGACAUUUCUAUAUCUUAGAUUGUGUAUACCCUGCAGAGGAAUGAUGUCACCACAGGGUUUCAGAAUAUAUUUCUGAUCAGCAGCCAGGCUGAUCAACUAAAUGUAAACAGAUGGGAAUGAUCUGCAGAAACAGGCUAAAUUUUGACUCUUAGCUCACAAUGGAUUGCAUUUUUCUCUAUUAUUUUAAAAGUUCGUUAAUUUUAAAUGUAAAAUAACUAAUAUGUGCUGUAAAGGAGAUUCAGUGUUCAAAAGACUUGAGUAUAUUAUCAUUUUAUAAGAGAAGAAAGCCAACUUGAAGUACCUAUUAAUAGCUCUUAUGAAGUGCCAUGUAUACACCCUGCAUUGUAUCUGCUGGCAGAAAUAUUAGAGCAAAUCAAAAGAGAAUUAAAGCAGUUACAAAUCAA